AUGGCAAUAUUUGAGAGACCCUUCGGUUAUAGACACAAACUCGAUGACACCCAGACGAUAAUUUGCGUAAUUGAGACAGCACAGGAAGUUAACGGCCACACGGAGUAUUUAUUGCGUUUGCAGCGUGGCGCCCAUAAAGAAAAUUGCUGGAAGAUUUUGCGUCGUUAUAAUGACUUUGCCGAGUUGCACAAAUGCCUCUGCAUUUCAGGUAUCGAUUUGCCCAUGCCAGGCAAGAGGCUUUUUGGUAAUAUGCGACCAGACUUUAUAGCUGAAAGAAGGCAAGCAUUACAGGUUUAUAUAAAUACAGUACUAAUGAAUCCCAUAUUGGCAUCAUCAUUGCCGGCCAAACGGUUCGUCGAUCCGGACAGUUAUUCACAAUCCUUUCAUGAUCAAGCUGUGCAAAAUGCUAUGCUAUGUCUGCGUAGUGAGGGUAUAUGGAUAUUGGGCAGCACCCUCGGGGCAAUAGGAUGGCGUUUACGAAAGCACUACUUCAAGGUGUCACCAAAACCACCGGAAAAGACUGGAAACAAGCUGCUUGUGAAAAGUGGCUCACAAACACAUCAGGGCAAACACUUUGCUUCCUCGAGUAGUAAUGGCGGUGGCGGUGGUGGUAGUAGCAGUGGAUCUAUAGAUGGUGGUAGCUUAGAUCCAUCAGAGCUCGUGUUGGAAUGGAUCGAAUACGGACCGGAUAAAUAUGUAGAUGACAAAGAGAUGGGUGGCAUAUUAAAGAGUCUGAUGGGCUUACAACAUCCGCAUAUCGAGACAGUUGUGUAUGCGGCACACAACGAGAACGGCUGUAUUGCCGUAAGAAGAUUUUACAAGCAAGGCACAUUGAAAGACAUACUUUGUAUGGCUACCCCAAAAAAUCCAUUCCUUAGUAAAUACGGCAACCCAAAGGGUCGAACUGCAUUAACAAUGAAACAAGUAGCGAUCUAUGGACGUCAAAUACUGGAGGCUUUAAUAUUUAUACAUUCAAAAGGAUAUCCAUAUGGUCACUUACACGCUGGAAAUAUUGUGAUUGUUGAUGAUUGCGUUAAAUUAUUGGACAUCGAGAACUAUAUAUUGGGCGUGCCCGCUUUUUAUCGGCCAUUCUUUGUGCAACACAGCAAAAUACAUUCAGUCGAGGCGAUUGAUGUUUAUAGUUUUGGACAUGUUCUAUUCGAAAUGGCAAUGGGAUAUCCUUUGCAAGAAUCUGUAGCGCGUCAAAUUAAUGAAUGUCCGGAAACUUUAAAGAACUUAUUGGAGAGCAUUUUGUCAAAAGAGGCAGUUAGGGCUGGCCUACCAACGCUACAACAACUCAUUAGUCAUCAAUUCUUUGCGCAGCAUGCUAGCAGCGCUGCUGGCGGGUUUAGUUGUUGCAAUGAAGAUUCAAGGAGAACACAUUUUAAACUAUCGCUUAACGCUAAAGAGUUCUUAAAACAAUCGGCACAAAAAGCAGAGUUAAGAUUAAGAGAUGAACAAAAAUCGGUUAAGAAUCAAAAGCGUAUUGUGCGUGUGCAGGAAAUGAUGAGUUCGGAGGAAGAAAAACGAAAAUCAAAACAAAGAGCGAAACUUGAGCAUAAACAGUCAAAACUGAAACAACAAGUCUCACUGCAAGCAGCAGGCAAUGGACGUCUAUCACUUUCGGCGGCUAGCGGUUCUGCAGCGCUCAGCACAUUCGCUGGCAGCAGUAUCGCACCAUUUGAACGCACAGAUAGUGUUUUGAGUAUGAAUAUGCCAAAAGAUUUGGUUGCAGGGUCAUCAACAUUUCAUACGGACGUAAAAUCCCCACCGCCUACGCCAUUCGUGCAUCAGCAUACACAAGAACAACAACAAGAACAGCCGCAACAACAUUCAGCCACCAAACAAAAAACACUACUGGCGAAUGUCGAGCGACAAGCAUCGUCACCAAAUAUUUCCACAGAUACUGAUGAGCAUAGUGGUGAUCCUACGCGUUCGGCACUCUUAGAAUCAAUUUGUAAAUUUAAUCGUGGUUCGUUGCGAAAAGUGCGCUCUAACGAUUAGAAUAUGCUACAUACACUACAUAUAUGUAUAUAUAAAUACGCUAACAGAAAGGGAAAGUUUAUAACCAACUAAACAUAUGUACGUGUAUGUAUGUAUGUCAAGAGUGGUGGGAAGGAACUUUGCAAAUUGUUCCUUUUCAUAUCAUUUCAUGCACAAGAAUUCCAGCCAAAUUCAAUCACCACCUCCAGAUGAAAGCUUUUAUAAUAUGAUAACACACUUUCUAAAAUGCAGCAUCUUCUAAAUUUAAAAAUAAACAAACAUAAGAAGAAAAUACUGAGAAAUAGUAGUCGAUAUAUAUAUAUGAAUUUUACACGUACAUACGUAUUAAUAUCGAAAUUGAUGUAACCGUACAUACAUACAUAGUAUUUACUAAUUAGCACAAACAAAAGUGUAUGCAAAUUAGCAUUAAUCACCUGUAACUCACCAAAUAUGUAAACAAAAACAUAAUACAAUAGUAAAAUUCGUAUAUAAAUAUGUAUAAGUGUGUAUGUACCUACAUUAAAUGUGAUGUUGUGUUGUAGUCCAUAGUCUUUAUAAACGGAAAAUUUUUGCACAAUUUAACAAAAAGAGCCAUAGCAUUAUAUGAAUGUAUGCAUAUUCAAUUCUAGUGAUUUGUGUUAAAGUUUUAUAUAAAAAUGCACUGUAAUUAUUAAAAAAAA